AUGGACGUGGAUUGGACAUGGACGUGGACGUGGACGUGGACGUGGACGUGGACUGGACGUGGACGUGGACGUGGAAUGGACGUGGACGUGGACGUGGACGUGGACGUGGACGUGGACGUGGACGUGGACAUGGACGUGGACGUGGACGUGGACGUGGACGUGGACGUGGACAUGGACGUGGACGUGGACAUGGACGUGGACAUGGACGUGGACGUGGACGUGGACGUGGACAUGGACGUGGACGUGGACGUGGACGUGGACGUGGACGUGGACGUGGACGUGGACGUGGAAUGGACGUGGACGUGGACGUGGACGUGGAGACAUGGACGUGGACGUGGACGUGGACGGGACGUGGACGUGGACGUGGACGUGGACGUGGACAUGGACGUGGACGUGGACGUGGACGUGGACAUGGACGUGGACGUGGACGUGGACGUGGACGUGGACAUGGACGUGGACGUGGACGUGGACAUGGACGUGGACGUGGACGUGGACGUGGACAUGGACGUGGACAUGGACGUGGACGUGGACGUGGACGUGGACGUGACAUGGACGUGGACGUGGACGUGGAAUGGACGUGGACGUGGACGUGGACGUGGACAUGGACAUGGACGUGGACGUGGACGUGGACGUGGACAUGGACAUGGACGUGGACGUGGACGUGGACGUGGACAUGGACGUGGACGUGGACGUGGACGUGGACGUGGACGUGGACGUGGACAUGGACGUGGACGUGGAACAUGGACGUGGACAUGGACUGGACUGGACGUGGACGUGGACAUGGACGUGGAUGGUGGACAUGGACGUGGACGUGGACGUGGACGUGGACGUGGACGUGGACGUGGACGUGGACGUGGACGUGGACGUGACGUGGACGUGGACAUGGACGUGGACGUGGACGUGGACGUGGACGUGGACGUGGACGUGGACGUGGACGUGGACGUGGACGUGGACUGGACGUGGACAUGGACGUGGACAUGGACGUGGACGUGGACAUGGACGUGGACGUGGACAUGGACGUGGACGUGGACAUGGACGUGGACUGUGGACGUGUUGACAUGGACGUGGACGUGGACAUGGACAUGGACGUGGACGUGGACGUGGACGUGGACGUGGACGUGGACGUGGACGUGGACGUGGACGUGGACAUGGACUGGACGUGGACGUGGACGUGGACAUGGACGUGGACGUGACGUGGACAUGGACGUGGACAUGGACGUGGACGUGGACGUGGACGUGGACGUGGACGGCGUGGACAUGGACGUGGACGUGGACGUGGACGUGGACGUGGACGUGGACGUGGACGUGGACGUGGACAUGGACGUGGACGUGGACGUGGACGUGGACGUGGACAUGGACGUGGACGUGGACGUGGACGUGGACAUGGACGUGGACAUGGACGUGGACAUGGACGUGGACGUGGACAUGGACGUGGACGUGGACAUGGACGUGGACGUGGACAUGGACGUGGACAUGGACGUGGACAUGGACAUGGACGUGGACGUGGACAUGGACGUGGACGUGGACGUGGACGUGGACAUGUGGGACGUGGACACGGGACGUGGACGUGGACGUGGACGUGGACGUGGACGUGGACGUGGACGUGGACGUGGACGUGGACGUGGACGUGGACAUGGACGUGGACAUGGACGUGGACGUGGACAUGGACGUGGACAUGGACGUGGACGUGGACGUGGACGUGGACGUGGACAUGGACGUGGACGUGGACGUGGACGUGGACGUGGACAUGACGUGGACGUGGACAUGGACGUGGACGUGGACGUGGACGUGGACGUGGACGUGGACGUGGACGUGGACGUGGACGAUGGACGUGGACACGUGGACGUGAACGUGGACGUGGACGUGGACGUGGACGUGGACGUGGACGUGGACGUGGACGUGGACGUGGACGUGGACGUGGACGUGGACGUGGACAUGGACGUGGACUGGACUGGACGUGGACGUGGACGUGGACUGGACAUGGACGUGGACGUGGACGUGGACAUGGACGUGGACGUGGACAUGGUCGGACGUGGACAUGGACGUGGACGUGACGUGGACGUGGACAUGGACGUGGACGUGGACGUGGACGUGGACGUGGACGUGGACGUGGACAUGGACGUGGACGUGGACGUGGACGUGGACGUGGACGUGGACGUGGACGUGGACGUGGACGUGGACAUGGACGUGGACAUGGACGUGGACGUGGUACUAUGGGACGUGGACGUGGACAUGGACUGGACGUGGACAUGGACACUGGACGUGGAACUGGACGUGGACGUGGACGUGGACAUGGACGUGGACGUGGACAUGGACGUGGACUGGACGUGGACGUGGACGUGGACAUGGACGUGA